AUGGACUUGUUUCAACCCAUCCAUCCCGAAUGUCCCCGGCGCUUGUUCCACGCUCUUUCGUUCCUUCAAUCACUUGAUCUCCAACAUCUAACCAAGCGGAGUUUCUUACCAGCACUCAAGGAUGCCCAAACGAUAGCAGAAAGUAGCAAGACAGCGGCGGCCACAGCCUCAGCGAGCAAGCAGCUACUCUCUCUUGAAGAACACUCUCCAGUCCAUCAAGCGGACGUGCUCUCUUCACUGCAUCAUGAACCUGUCGAGCAAAAGAAUCUACCUCCCAUCAACAAACAACAACAACACCAAGGGCAGCACGAUUCGUCUCUCGUCGAUCACCCCCACACUCCUUCAGACUCACAAAAAGAAUCCACCCAAUUUCUGCCUCCCAUCGACCAGCAUAUUUCAUCGGAAACUUCUCAUGACAAUUCUCUUGCCGGCCAUAGCCCCACUAAUCCUUCAAGUCCAUCCAAACCGAAUCUAGAAAAACAACCAACUUCCAACGAGCUUUCACAAAUUUCUCCUGGCAGCCACGACCCCUCUUCUUCAAAACCACCCAAAUUGAACAUAGAGAAAGAAUCGAGUGAAUUUUCUCCCACCAACGAGCAUUCAGAAAUUUCUCCUGCUCAUUCUCCUGCCAGCCACGACCCCUCUUCUUCAAAACCACCCAAAUUGAACAUAGAGAAAGAAUCAAGUGAAUUUUCUCCCACCAACGAGCAUUCAGAAAUUUCUCCUGCUCAUUCUCCUGCCAGCCACCCCUCAACUCCUUCAACACCAGGUAAACCAAAUCUUGAAGGACAGUCAAGCGGCAAAUCAUCAAAGGGUCGUUUAAGCGCCCUCAGGAAAUAGU